AAGGACAGACCUACCACCGGCCUCAGCCCAUCUUUUGCCCCUGUCCAAGGUCAUCAGGGUUCCUUAACCCCUCAGUUCAGGAACAUGCCUGGGUCCUUGGCAACCCUGCUCUGUCUUGGGCUGUGCUUGAGUCAGAGUAUCAUGGCACAGAAACAAACACUCCCCAAGCCCUCCUUGUGGGCUGAGCCUGGCUCUGUGAUCCCCUGGGGGAAGUCUGUCAUCGUCCGCUGCCAGGGAGCAGAUGGGGCACACAGGUUCCUUCUGGAAAAGGAUGGGAGCACAGAGCUAAGAGACAUGCUGGAAGUGCCUGGGCCCUGGAAGGAGGCUGAGUUUUUCAUUCCAGACAUAGCAGCGGAGACCGCGGGUCGCUACCGGUGUCGAUACCAAAGACAAAACCACUGGUCAGAACUCAGUGACCCUUUGGAGCUGAUGGUCACAGGAUUGUACCCCAAACCUUCCAUCUCAGCCAAUCCAGGCUCCACGGUGGCCAAAGGACAGGACGUAACUUUGCACUGUGAGUCACAUCUCGGGGCUGACAAAUUUGUUCUCUAUAAGACAAGUGGGGCCAACGCUCCCCAGGCACUGCUGUCCACCGAUUACCAGGCCAACUUCCCAUUCCCCUCAGUGACCGACUCCCACGGUGGCACAUACCUCUGUUACAGUUUUGAUAGCGACUUCCCCUACCUCUGGUCAACACCCAGUGAUACCCUGGUGCUCAGGAUCUCAGAAUACUUGUCUCAUGAAUAUACCUUGACCAGCCUCCGGCUAGUAUUGGUUGGUGUCACUUUGGCCAUCCUGGGAGCUCUGCUGAAUGAAGCCUGGCGUCACAGGGAGUCAGCCCAACAGCAAACUAAGAAACCACUUGCUUCAGCAAGCAGAGAGAUAGGCGGGAUUGAGAAUGGAUGGACCUCUGGAAAAUCCCCCUGA